AUGAAUGACAAACACACUUAUGAAUGGGAAACCAUCAUAGCAGAGCUAAACAUCAUAAAACCAGUGAAUGAGAUUGAAAUACAGGACGUGCUAGGUAAGAGUCUCGACAAACUGGAAAAAUGGGAAGCAUUCUACGAAAUGUACGCAAAAUGGAUGGGUUUCGGCACAAGGAAAGACGAUGUACGACGUUCUCAUGGGGUCAUUGUAAUGCGGAGGUGGGUUUGUUGUUCCGAGGGUUCGAAAAAAAUCGCAUCACCGGACACACCAAGAAAAAAAAGACCUCAUGAUAUCACUAGAACCGGAUGUCAGGCAGCAUUGCGUAUUUUACUCACACAACCGUGUAACACGUGGAAAUGCAAAAAGUUCAGGACAAUACACAAUCACGAGCUGGCUUCAUCGAGUGAGGUACAAUUUUCGAGAUCAUAUAGAGUUGUGUCCGAUGGGUUGCUUGCCCAAGUUAGGUCGAUGAACUCCGUAGGAAUUAAAACUGCCAACAUAAUGUCUCAUGUUGCUUUGCAAAGUGGAGGUUACGAGAAAAUGCCAUGUCAACUUCGAGAUGUGUACAACAGGGUUGCUGAGAAGGGUCCUAAUUUCUUCGUUGUCUAUCAGGUUGACGACGAGAAUCGCUUGGCUAACUUAUUCUGGGCAGAUGGAAACUCACGCGUGGACUAUGUAGCUUUUGGGGAUGUACUAGGAUUUGACACAACCUACAUGACAAAUGAGUACAAUAAGCCCCUCACUGUUCUCCUUGGCGUCAACCACCAUUUCAACACAUGCAUCUUCGGAUUUGCUCUCCUCCUCCACGAGAAGCUUCCAUCAUAUUCUUGGCUACUUCAAAAAUUUCUAGAAUGCCAUGGAGAUAAGAAGCCAAAUGUUGUAGUUACUGACCAAGAUGCGGCCAUGAAACAGGCUAUCGUUGAACACAUGCCCGAUGUUACGCACCGUCUCUGCGCUUGGCAUCUCAAUACAAAUGCUUCGAAAAAGGUUAAAGAUCCGAUCUUCUUAAAAACAUUUAAGGAUCUCAUGUACAACUACUACGAGGAGGAAGAAUUUGAAGCAAGAUGGUUAGACGUCAUCCAAACCCAACAACUAACAGAUAAUGAAUGGUGUCAAACAACAUUCGAGUCAAGACAACAAUGGGCAGAAACUUAUUUAAGGGGUUCAUUCGUUGCAGGAAUGAGAACCACACAACGUUGCGAAUCCAUCAACUCUGCUCUAAAAAAAUUUUUAGAGAAGAAUUAUUGCUUGCGUGAAUUUGUAACAACCAUAGAUAUGACAGUCUCAAAGCUCAGACACAACGAGACUGCAAAUGACUUCAAAAGCAGAUGCACUCGACCUCACCCACCUAAUCCUACAUGCUUGACCACUUACUACAACCAAUGUGUUGAAUUCUACACAAGAACUAUGUACCACAAGGUUGCUGAGCAGCUUGAUUUAGAGAAUAACUAUUUUGUCAUAACUCAAGAGCAAGAAGGAGAGUGGCAGAUAUUCACCAUUGGAAAGUUUCAGCAUCCGGACGUCCAAUACCGAGUUCAUUACUGUGAAGGCCGACAAGCACUACACUGUAGUUGCUUGCUCUAUGAAAGUCAAGGGUACCCUUGUAGACAUUUAUGGGCUACAAUGAAAAUAUUAAACAUGAGAAGAAUACCUAAUUCUCUUCUCAUGAAGCGAUGGAGCAAAUUCGCAAAGAUAAAUCUCCACCUACAUUUUAACCCGCCAGCACAACCACAACAGCACAUUUACGAGAUGGCUAGGUUUGGAUCUCUCAGUUCACUGACUUAUAACUUCACUUUCUAUGCAGCAAAAUCAGAGGACUCGUACAACCGUGCAAAGGAAGAGCUUGAACGGCUAACUCUAAUGUUCAAGGAAGAAUUUGACUUGAAUUCCAAUCCGGAAGGAGAGACGCCACAACCUGGAAGAUAUCGUAGCAACCCCAACAUUAUUAAAGACCCGAAGUUGUGA